CGGCCGCGGCGGCGGGCCAGCGGGGGGGAGGGACGGGCACCAGAGGGGUUUGGAGCCUCGCAGCCUCGCGGUCGCUUUGGCAGCAUGUAAGCAACUUCUUGCCAAGAACCCAGGACACCGCUGAGAAAAGGGGGCCUUGGGGAGAAGACUAUCCAGAGGAAACCAAUGCCAGGAGCGUCUGGAAUUACACUCUCCACAGGCAGCAUGAGACAUUCUGUGCCAGCAUCUGUGUCCUGCUGGCAAAGACUGUAGCUGUCCAGGUAGGAGGGUCCUGGAAGCAGCGUGCACCAGGAGCCUCUAGAGAGGAAGAAUGGGGCCAGAUAUGAACUCUCUACAAUGAACCAAUUUUCAGCUUAUGAAGGAAUUUUAAGUAAAACAGUUAUUUAAUUUCUACAUAUUCAAGUUCAGUAGCCUUCUGUGUGAAGUGCCAGCAGUCACCUCCCUCCACAGGAGUUAUCAGGAUAUUUCUGGCACCACGUUGAACUCUUCUUGGUAUUUCUGGCAAUGACCGAUCAUCAGGACAGAUUUAUCUGCUAAAUGCUCUUGGGCAGGAAAAAAGUAAAACUCUGGAAGCAGUAUAAGGGUAGCAGAGCGGAGAUCCCUCCCUUGCUGCUCACCGUCACAGAAAGUCAGCCUGGACUCAGAUGCUCACACUGAAGAUUGAUCCUGCCUCAUUCACCUCCAAAGCCCGUCUGUUCCGGGGAGAUCGGGUGUUUUGGGGCUGCCUCCUGUGGCCCUUUUUAUUAUCAUUCCCCUCCCAUGCUCUCUAUGAUGUGAACUUUGGAAUGGAGUUUGUUUUCCGUUGGGAACUUGCUCUCUUUCCCCGGCUGGUGCUGUCUGAGAGGACCAUCUGAAGGCUGUGCUUUGUUUUUGGGGAGGAGGGCAUGGCCUUGCCUGGACCCUCCACCAUGUUCCUGUUGCUGCCUUUUGAUAGCCUGAUUGUCAACCUUCUGGGCAUCUCCCUGACUGUCCUCUUCACCCUCCUCCUUGUUUUCAUCAUAGUCCCCGCUAUUUUUGGAGUCUCCUUUGGUAUUCGAAAGCUCUACAUGAAAACUUUGUUAAAAAUUUUUGCGUGGGCGACCUUGAGAAUGGAGAGAGGAGCCAAAGAGAAGAACCACCAACUCUACAAGCCCUACACCAAUGGAAUUAUUGCAAAAGAUCCCACUUCACUAGAAGAAGAGAUCAAAGAAAUUCGUCGAAGUGGUAGCAGUAAGGCUCUGGAUAAUACUCCAGAGUUUGAGCUCUCUGACAUUUUCUACUUUUGCCGGAAAGGAAUGGAGACCAUUAUGGAUGAUGAGGUGACAAAGAGAUUCUCAGCGGAGGAGUUGGAGUCCUGGAACCUGCUGAGCAGAACCAAUUACAACUUCCAGUACAUCAGCCUCCGGCUCACUAUCCUAUGGGGCUUAGGAGUGCUGAUUCGGUAUUGCUUCCUCCUGCCUCUCAGGAUCGCUCUCGCUUUCACAGGGAUUAGCCUUCUGGUGGUGGGCACAACUGUGGUGGGAUACUUGCCGAAUGGGAGGUUUAAGGAGUUCCUGAGUAAACACGUUCACUUAAUGUGUUACCGGAUCUGCGUGCGAGCCCUGACAGCCAUCAUCACAUACCACGACAGGAAAAACAGGCCUAGAAACGGUGGCAUCUGUGUGGCCAAUCAUACCUCUCCUAUUGACGUCAUCAUUUUAGCCAGUGAUGGCUAUUAUGCCAUGGUGGGUCAAGUGCACGGAGGACUCAUGGGUGUGAUUCAGAGAGCCAUGGUGAAGGCCUGCCCUCAUGUCUGGUUUGAGCGGUCUGAGGUGAAAGAUCGCCACCUGGUGGCUAAAAGACUGACUGAGCACGUGCAGGAUAAAAGCAAACUACCUAUCCUCAUCUUCCCAGAGGGAACCUGCAUCAAUAAUACAUCUGUGAUGAUGUUCAAAAAGGGAAGUUUUGAAAUUGGAGCCACGGUUUACCCUGUUGCUAUCAAGUAUGACCCUCAGUUCGGUGAUGCCUUCUGGAACAGCAGCAAGUAUGGGAUGGUGACGUACCUGCUGAGAAUGAUGACCAGCUGGGCCAUCGUCUGCAGUGUUUGGUACCUGCCUCCCAUGACCAGAGAGACAGAUGAAGAUGCCGUCCAGUUUGCAAAUAGGGUGAAAUCCGCCAUAGCCAGGCAGGGAGGACUCGUGGACCUGCUGUGGGAUGGUGGUCUGAAGAGGGAGAAGGUGAAGGAUGCUUUCAAAGAGGAGCAGCAGAAGCUGUACAGCAAGAUGAUCGUUGGGAACCACGAGGACAGGAGCCGGUCUUGAGCCCACACCUCGCGCUGGCCGGAGCCACCGUGCCCGAAUCCUGGCACUCCUGAUGGGAGCCAGCUGGAGUCUUUGCCGCCGCCCCCACUGCUGCAUUCCUUCCAGGCUCGGGUCUUCGGGCUGCUCUGGAUCCUGGCGCCAGCUUCUUCAGAGCCGCAGGCCCCCGGGCUUGCCCUCUGAAGCGAGUGCUACUGGGUGUUGCCACCCAGGACGAGAGGCCUUCUUGUUUCUUUUACACUUAAGUCCAUUGGAGGAAUGAAUGCCAUUAAAGUCAGCCCUCCACCUGUG